AUGUUGCGCACAAGACACGUCAAGCGUGAAGUACAAGCCAAGUCACGCAUACGUCAAGCCAAGUCAAGCCAAGUCAAGACAAGUCAAGCCAAAUCAAGCCAAGUCAACCAAGUCAAGCCAAAUAAGGCCCAAGUCAAAGCAAGUAUCGAAGCCGAAGUCAAAGCCAAGCCCAAGCCAAGUCAAGAUACGUACAAGCCAAGUCAAGCCAAUCAAGAGCAAGUCUCAAGACAAUCAAGCAAUGUCAAGCAAGUCAAGACCACUCAAGCCAAGGUGCGAAAGCAAAAUCAAGGGCCAAGUCAAGCAAAAUCAAGCCAGAAGUCCAAGACAAGUCAAGCACACCCACCAUCACUCAGUCAUCGAUCACGCGAGUCAGACACCAGUCCAGUAUCACCGUCACCAAUUUAUCCCCCACCGGGAAGCACAGCCGCAGAAUCAUCACCAACAACUCCACACGUCAUCGAACCUAACACCAACCCUAGUCAUCAGCCAAACGACCACCCAGUCAUCACCAAUCAUCACCAAUCGGAGCCACCCAGUCAUACCAAUCAUCACCAACGACCCACCCAGUCAUCCACCAACGACCACCCUAAGUCAUCACCACCACUACCAGCUCACAGGUCAUCACCAACACCUCUUAAGUCAUCAUCUGCGAACACACCACCCAGUCGUCACCCACCCACCACCCAUCACCACCAAGCCACCUCCCAGUCACCACCAACACCACUCAGACAUUCACCAGAACGAGCCCCACAGUCACACCACUCCCGAACAGCCGACCACCCAAGAGUGAUCGACACGACACACGAACCACCAUCAUCACCACCACCAUCGAGUUACGAGCCAAUCAAUCACGAACCAACGCCACCGAAGUCAGUGAACGCAGAGACACCUCCCAGUCAUCACCAAACACCACCCAGUCGAUCAGCCAACACCACACAGUGCGAAUCACCCAGACACCACCCAGUCAUUCACCGAACGCCACCCAGUCCAUUCACAACACCUCCCAAAUCUAUCACCAACAACCACCCAGUCAUCACCAACACCACCCAGUCAUCACCAACACCACCCAGUCGACAUCAGCCACCACCACCCAGUCACCACCACCAACCAACACCACCCAGUCGAGUGCACACCAACAGCCACCACAGUCAUCGACACAACACCGAACAGUCAUCACCAACGCCGAACAAAGUCAUCACCAACAGCCACACAGUCAUCACACCCACCACCAGUCACCACCACCACCACCAAUCAUCACCAACACGCGAGCGCCGAGAUAUCAUUGCACCAACCACCCCAAGACAAGUAGCACCAAGCGAAGCCGAACCGCAGUCAUCACCACGCACCAGCACCAGCAGAGGUCAUCUACGCGAACACAACCCAUGUCAUCACCAAUACCAAACCGGAGAUCAUCACCAACACCUACCGAAGUGCAUAACCAGCACCGCCCAAGUCAUAUACAAAAGCCACCACACAGGCUCAAUGCACACGACCGAACCAGCACCCAGUCAGUGCGAGAGCCAAGAGAACACUGAAAACAGCUCAUCACCACCACCACCCAAUCAGAUCAACCAAGCGACCACCCAGACAUCAACAACACCACCCACAUCAUCACUACCACCACCCAAUCACCACCAGAGCAACACGCCAGAGUCAUCACACCGAACACACCAAAUCAGUACACUAAACACCAACCCAGUCAUCACCCAACAGCCGAGACGCCACAGUCACCGACCAACAACUACCCAGUGCAAGCACCAGUCAUCAGCGCACACUCAAUCACAAACACCGACCCUAGUCAUCACCCACCAGCACAGUCAUCACCAGCACACCACCAAUGAUCACCACCACACUGAGUCACCACCGAAACACCACCAGUCAUCGACCACACACCGGGACCCUAUUGCCCUGGCAGGGGUAUGCGCCCUCUGA